UGACAGCUUGAUUACAUGGCUUACUUAGGAGAGAACCCUGUUCUGUGAGCUGAUCGAUUCAUGUUAGACGCCGUGAUACCUCUCUGUCUUGGCAAUAGGGCUGUGUUCUAGGACCACUCAAUAUAAACAUGAACUAUUUCCCGCUUUAUUCCUCUUCUUUCACCAUCUUUCCAACUCAGAAAGGUCAACUUUGGCCUGAACUGCGUACCGAACCAGGCAAAUGCAACGUUGUAAUCGCAGCACUUCCUUCCGGACAUUAUGGAACCACGAGUGCAGCUGUUGCCAGGGAUAUGGUACGCACAUUUUCAAACGUCAGGAUUGGCCUGAUGGUAGGCAUUGGCGGUGGUGUUCCCACGCAACAUGAUAUUCGUCUAGGCGAUCUUGUCGUCAGCUCACCUGAUCGACGUGACGGAGGCGUGAUCCAGUAUGACUACGGCAAAGCGAUACAAUGUCAGGGAUUGUUGAUCAAGGGUUCUUUGAACCAACCACCAACUUCCAUCUUGACAGCCAUGACCAAACUCAGGGCAACAAAUGCAAGAAAGGGUCACAAGAUAGAAGAAACCAUCCAGGUCAUACUGGAACAGAAUCCAAGACUAACAGACAAGUAUCAGCGGCUCUCCCCGGACAAUUAUAGGCUUUACAAAGCUGAUUUUCUGCGCGCUUCGCCUGGCAAAAGCUGCCUUUUGGCUUGUCAUAAUUCCAAUCUCAUUCCAAGAGAUGCACGGUCAUCAAGGGAGGACAAUCUCAAGAUUCACUAUGGUCUUGUCACGUCAGGUGAUCAAGUAAUGAAAGAUGCUGUCAUACGGGAUAGACUUUCAGCAGAUGAGGAGGUUCUAUGCUUUGAGAUGGAAUCUGCAGGCUUGAAUAACCAUUUUCCUUCUGCAUACGCCGAAGAGCUUAUUUUGCAGAUCUCUCCUCAAAGGGUUGAAGUUGAGAAGACGAUCGAAGAUCUCCUGGCCCAUGUUCAUGAGCCUAUACUUAAGAUACAUGAAAAGGUCGGAGCUUUAAACUUCAAAGCAAAGAAAGAAGAAGAACAAGACUUUAUCCAGCAACGCCAGCCAGACACCGGUCAAUGGUUUCUGAGAAGCGAAAGCUUCCAAGCAUGGCUGCAAUCAAAAGGUACAACACUUUACUGCCCCGGUAUGCUUGGGACAGGCAAGACCAUUCUAACAGCAACCACGACUGAGUAUCUUCGGACAAAGUUCAAGAACGAUGAUAGUAUCAGUCUUACGUAUAUUUACUGUCAUUACCAGAGGCGAGAGGAACAAACUGCUGAGAACUUACUCGCGAGUGUGUUAAGACAGCUGGCGCAGUACUAUUCUCCUUUACCAGACAUGGUGGCAUCGCUUUAUAAGACUCAUCGUCAAGGAAAUGAGGAGUUAAAGAUGCAAGAGAUGCUUCAAGUUGUUCAAGCGGUGGCCAGUUCUUUCACAAGAGUAUUUAUUGUUAUUGAUAGUUUGGAUGAGCUUGAGGCAACAGACAAAAGUAGAGGAAUGUUUCUUUCAGAAAUCUGCAAACUGCAAUCUGAAGCCGCAGUGAACAUUCUUAUUACUUUACGUCCUGAUAGGAGUCUCGACAAUAAACUACUGCCAUCAUUCAGUCAGAAAGUAUAUGCUCAAGGUUAUCAUGCUGUGUCUACUCGCGCCGUUCUAUCUUGA